AUGAGAGAGCGCCACGCCACGCUGCUCGCUGCCGCGCUUCUCCUCAUCAUCCUGACGCCGGCGGCCGGAGGCGAGGACUCCGCCGGCCGUCUGGAGAAGCUCUCGGGGAUAAUAAUCCCUGGCUUCGCGUCCACACAGCUGAGAGCGUGGUCGAUUCUUGACUGUCCUUACUCUCCGCUCGAUUUCAAUCCACUCGAUUUAGUCUGGCUCGACUCUACUAAACUUUUGUCUGCAGUUAAUUGCUGGCUAAAGUGUAUGUUGCUAGAUCCUUAUAACCAAACAGAUCAUCCUGAAUGCAAGUCGCGCCCUGAUAGCGGUCUUUCUGCUAUUACGGAGCUUGAUCCAGGCUACAUUACAGGUCCGCUUUCUUCAGUGUGGAAAGAUUGGGUUAAAUGGUGCAUUGAGUUUGGCAUUGAGGCCAAUGCUAUAAUUGCAGUUCCAUAUGACUGGAGACUGUCACCUGCCAAACUCGAGGAGAGGGAUCUUUAUUUUCAUAAACUUAAGCUUACCUUUGAAACUGCUCUCAAGCUUCGUGGUGGGCCAUCAAUAGUUUUUGCUCACUCAAUGGGCAACAAUGUGUUUAGAUAUUUCUUGGAGUGGUUAAAAUUAGAAAUCGCCCCUAAAAUGUAUAUCAAAUGGCUGGAUGAACACAUACAUGCAUACUUUGCUGUUGGAGCUCCUCUUCUGGGAGCAAUUGAGACUGUUAAAGCAACACUAUCAGGAUUCACAUUUGGUCUACCUGUUUCUGAGGGAACAGCUCGGCUGAUGUUCAACUCUUUUGGAUCUUCAUUAUGGAUGCUGCCAUUUUCAAAACAUUGUAAAGCGGAGCAUACCUACUUAAAGCAUUUCUCAGGCAAGAGCAAAAGGGGGAAUCUUGCUUACGUUUGUGACAACCAGGAGUUUCAAGCAAACUAUUCUGGAUGGCCAACUAACAUAAUCAAUAUUGAAAUUCCAACAGUUCGAGGAGAUGAAGCUUACCCUUCAUUUAUAGGAGCAGCACAGGCCAACUUAUCUGAUGUGGAAUAUGGGUUUCCGACUCAGUUGUCCUUUUCUGCUCGUGAAGUCUCUGAUGGAACCUUUUUCAGAACUAUAGCUGAUUAUGACCCUGAUAGUCAAAGAGUCAUGUACCAAUUAGAAGAGUCAUAUCAUGGUGAUCCUGUUCUAAAUCCUUUGACUCCGUGGGAUAGACCACCACUCAAGAACAUCUUUUGCAUAUAUGGAAUAGAUUCUAAAACUGAGGUUGGUUAUUAUUUUGCUCCAAGUGGGAAGCCGUAUCCUGAUAACUGGAUAAUAACUGAUGUAAUCUUUGAGGUAGAGGGAUCUUUAUAUUCCAGGUCUGGGAACCUGGUUGAAGGAAACCCUGGUGCCGCAAGUGGGGAUGAGACGGUACCUUACCAUUCGCUUUCUUGGUGCAAAAACUGGCUAGGAUCAAAAGUGAACAUAACAAGGGCUCCUCAGUCGGAACAUGAUGGUUCAGACGUCCAAAUGCAUUUUGAUGUUGACCAUCAGCCUGAAAUGGAUUUAGUUCCCAAUAUGACUAGAUCUACCAGAGUCAAGUAUAUAACCUAUUACGAAGACUCUGAAAGUCUUCCAGGAAAAAGGACAGCCGUUUGGGAGCUUGAUAAAGCAAAUCACAGGAACAUUGUCAGAUCUUCAGUACUAAUGCGGGAGCUGUGGCUUGAGAUGUGGCAUGAUAUACACCCUGACAAAAAAACCAAAUUUGUCACAAAAGCUACUCGUGGACCUCUGAGGGAUGAGGACUGCUAUUGGGACUACGGCAAAGCUCGAUGUGCAUGGUCUGAGCAUUGUGAAUACAGAUAUCUUUUCGGGGAUGUUCACCUAGGACAGAGCUGCAGGAUAAAGAAUUCGUCGGCUGACCUACUGUUGAAUUACUCGUCCAAGAGGAGAAAUAGGUGGAUAAGCUCCCUAUCGGCUUAUGAAGUUUUGGCUCUUUUACGCAAUGCAACAGCUAUGGGACUUGGAAAAAGUGAUACCAUUAUAUCAACAGUUGCUGUUCCACUUGCGGGCCACAUGAUCGAGCUGCAGUUCAUCUGA